AUGCGCAUGCGACUCAUUAUGGACGACCGCAACUGUCCCAUGUGCAAGCAGCCACUUGACCGCGUGGUUGUCAGCAGCACUUCGCGUCCGUACGAGAGCUUUGAGCUCUGGGGCGACGCAGCAGGACCAGAUUCCGUGCUGGACGAGCCCUCCGAGACGAUCUACGUCGACUGCAAAGCGCACUACUACGAACUGCGCAGUCUGCGCGAGUUUAAGUGCAGGAUGAAGCGCUGCCGAGAGCUGAAGCACUCGCUGGGCCAACUGAAGGAACAUUUACGCCAAGAUCACGGGGUGGAGUUCUGCGAGCUCUGCUUGAGUCACCAGUCGUUCUUUAUUCAGGAACAGGAGGUGUUUACCAAGGGCGCAUUGAAAGGACACAACAUUGGACGUAGUCGAGGAGGUCCCACGGGUCAGAAACACGCCAACACAGGAAAGGAUUUCCACCCAAUGUGUCAGUUCUGUCGGAAACGAUUUUACGGGGACAAGGAGCUGUACGAGCAUCUGGAACGCGACCACUUUAAGUGCCACAUCUGCAAGGUGGAGAACGAAUACUUCCGCAACUAUGCAAGUCUGGAAACACAUUUCCGUCGAGAACAUCAUUUGUGCGAGGACCGAAGAUGUCUUGAGAUGCGCUUCGUUGUUUUCCCGAACGAUGUCGAGUAUCAAGCGCAUAUGAGCUCCAUUCACGGCGUUCACAAUCGUCUUCAGUUUAAUUUUCAAGUCGCGCGUGGUGGCAGUAACCCUGUUAGUGGACCAAUUACUCCAGGUUACGCCGACGAAGUGCCAGAUCAUUGGAACUACGGCGUCAGUGACCACCCGCCGUCACCUCCAGUGCGACUUGAGGAAGCCUUCCCGGCACUGCCAACACCUGCUGGACCAGCGCCAGCUCCAGUGUUGAGACCAGCUAUUACUCGACCUUCAAGCGGCCACACACAGGGUCCGUCUCCAGCGAGACAGGUCCCCACUCCUCCUCGCGGUCAAAUCGUGCGCAACCAGAGACUGGCACAAGCUCUUGGAGUGACUAGACCGGGACUUGCUAGGGGAGAUACCGCUGCUUUCGAGGAAGAGAUGAAGACUCCAAGCUACCCCGACGAUUUGGUGGCCUGGGGUAAGGCGAACACAAGCUACCUCACUGUGGUUGAGCGUCGAUUGGAACGUAUUGUGCAGGAACCGUCUUGCCAUAGCGUCAGUCUGCGAGUGAUGUCGGGAGAAGAGCGAGCUCUGAUGCACCAACUGGCUUCGUUUUACGGCGUCGUGUCGGAAUCCUUCGGCGAGAAAUCCGCAUCGUCGAAUUUUCGUUCUUGUAGCGCGACGAGGCGCGUGUGCCCUCAGUGA